AUGGAGAUGGAGAAGCCAACGAUGUCUCUCCUCAUUUCACAGACCACCCCCCCCAAAUGCCUCGACUGCCGCCAAUACCUCGAUGAUCCAGACCUCAAAUUUUUCCAAGGGGAUCCUGAUGAUGCUCUGGAGGAGCCGGAAAUGCUGACGGACGAGCGCUUGUCCAUCUUCGACGCCAACGAAGAUGGUUUCGAGAGCUACGAGGAUCUCCCGCAGCACAAAGUCACCUCUUUUAGCGUCUACGACAAACGAGGUCACUUGUGUCCCUUUGACACGGGUUUGAUCGAGAGGAACAUCGAGUUGUACUUCAGCGGCGCCGUCAAACCCAUCUACGACGACAACCCUUGUCUGGAUGGUGGGGUCAGAGCCAAAAAGUUGGGACCCAUCAAUGCCUGGUGGAUCACGGGGUUUGAUGGAGGGGAGAAGGCUUUGAUUGGCUUCACCACAGCCUUUGCUGAUUACAUCCUGAUGGAGCCCAGCGAGGAGUACGCUCCCAUCUUCGCCCUCAUGCAGGAGAAGAUCUACAUGAGUAAAAUCGUCGUGGAGUUCUUGCAGAACAACCGUGACGUCAGCUACGAGGAUCUGCUCAACAAAAUCGAG